AUCGGUGGGUAGCUCUUACAUCUGGUCGGAACACUUAUCUGGAACACCGGAAUCGCGCUCUCGGCGGUGAUAGCUGGGGAUCAUGCCUAAGUUUUACUGUGAUUACUGUGACACCUACCUUACACAUGAUUCGCCAUCAGUGAGGAAGACCCACUGCAGUGGCCGAAAACACAAAGAAAAUGUGAAAGAUUACUACCAGAAAUGGAUGGAGGAGCAGGCUCAGAGUCUGAUCGAUAAAACGACGGCUGCCUUUCAACAGGGGAAGAUUCCUCCCACGCCGUUCCCGGGUGGUCCUCCCCCAGGCGGUCCUCCUCGCCCAGGCAUGCUGCCGACACCCCCUAUGGGAGGUCCACCUAUGAUGCCCAUGAUGGGGCCGCCACCACACGGGAUGAUGCCUGGUGGACCUGGAGGCAUGAGGCCGCCGAUGGGAGGACCCAUGCAGAUGAUGCCAGGACCGCCACACAUGAUGCGUCACCCUCGACCGAUGAUGAUGCCAGUCAGGCCGGGCAUGAUGCGACCAGACAGAUAAGAGCGAGUGGAUUCUCUCCGUUCUUUGUUGCUGCCACGAACAGACACUGUCUAGUGAGGACACUUGGUUUAACGCCUGGAUUUAUCAACGCCACUUUUUAAAUAUCUCAGAUGUUCAAUCUCUUCGAACCUUGAAGCCGAAGUCCCCGAUUAUGUCAUUUUUGAACAAUUACUUUGUUUUCUGCCGGGAACGUAGUAUUUAUUACUAAUCCUCACCUCCGUAAGAAUUCAUUUUUUAGAUCCUUUUAAAGACUUUUUUGUUUUUUGAUUAAACAUCCUCUCUUGUGUUGAAAUAUCUGGUCUCACUUUGACAAGCUGUUUAACGCGCAUUUAAAGAGCGUUUUUGAUUUGACAAUAUUUGUUACUAUGUUUUUUGCUUUGUUCUAGGUUUUACAUGUUUUGUUGUAUUUCAUUGCAUUGCUUUGAUAAAUAAAACAGUGAUUUCAAGCUG